AUGAUAGCUAAAACAUUUGCUUUUGUUUCAGAACGCUUGAAUGUGCUAUACGAGCGUAACUGGACUAGGCUGGUCCAUGAACAAUUACGCAAAUUCGAAUCGUCAAUAGUGGCUGCGGCGAGGCAGUCCGACGCGCAGCCUGCUGAGUCGAUAGAAACUAAAUGGACAUUCUCCGGAGCACUAAUCUACUGUAUUACAUUAAUCACUACUAUAGGUUAUGGCAAUGUUUCCCCGAGGACUGCAGCGGGCCGAGCGGCAACGGUAGCGUAUGCAGCGGCCGGUGUGCCAUUAACGCUGGCUUGCUUGGCAGGUCUAGGCGCAUCCUUGGCACGACUGGCUAGGCUAGCGUGGUUACGAGCGACUAAAAAUAAAGUGCCUAACACUUGGAGAAAAGAUGGAGAGCUCGAGAAUCACUUUCAACUUCAUGAACAGCAGAGAUUAUUGCCUCAACCAACGGAAAACAAUCAGUACACAUCAUUUCCGCCAAGGAUGCACAAGUCACCUGGCACUGUGAGAACCAGAGCAGGUGAUAAAGGACAGUACUCACAAGUCUUUGAAAAGGUACCAACCAGCCCUCGUGCGGCAACACUUGGUCGAAUCAAGCGUAGUGCCUUAGUUGAUGAACCACAUACUUCAUCAUCACUCCAAACUCAAACUCUAGAUCGGAAAAGGACUGCAAAUAGUAAAUGCCACGCAACAGUUCAUGGUCAGGGACGAGCGAGGACGAUACAGAGGCCUCGUGGGGCCGCUAUAGAACAACUAAUAGCUGAGGAGUGUGGGGAGAUAUACCUCAACAGAAGUCAGGAAGAAUUGGAUGAUUCUGAAGAUCCGGAUGAAGGAAUAUGUCCUCACGAUACUCCAUCAAGAGUGCCUUUGAUAUGGAACGAAGAGAAUCACAAAGUAAAGAGCACCGCUGUUACUAGCAGCACCACAAGUGUGCAGCACCAGAAUAGUCUUGAACAUUGCCACAUACCAGUAGGAAUCGUUUUAUUUUUGCUGCUUGCAUACAUCUGUAUUGGAGCAGCAAUUUUCUCCGCUUGGGAAAAUUGGAGUUUUCUAGAUGCAGCAUACUUUUGCUUUAUCGCAUUAGCCACUAUAGGUUUCGGUGAUUUUGUACCAACAAGUUUCUUAACAUUGAAGAGCACAGAAAGCUCGAAAAGUGAAUAUAUUCAAAUGAUAGCGUGUUGUGUUUACCUUGUGUUUGGACUUAUACUAAUUGCGAUGGCUUUCAGCCUUUUGCAAGAUGAAGUUGUCGCCAGAUGUACGCAGCUUGCCAACAAUUUAGGUCUGACAAGACAA